AGCAGCAGCAGAGGAAGUGGAGCAGCAUCGUAAACAUGGCUGACAGUGGAGUGACAGAUGGACCUGGCAACACAGAUGACAUUGAACGAUCAAAGUCUGUAGGCAGAGAGCUGACCAAAGAGGAGAAGCAGCGGCUGAGGAAAGAGAAGAAACAGCAGAAGAAAAACAAAGAGAAAAAAGAUGACAAGGCUCCACAGGAAAGUGAAAAGAAGAAGAAGAAAGAGGAGAAGCCUGUCAGUCCAGCUGCUCCAGCUCCCCAGCCUCCAACACAACCAGCUCAGAAAGCUCCUUCAGCAGUGCCUGCUCCUGCACCGGUUCCUGUGCCUGCCUCAGAAACUCCUGCCCCUGCAGACAAGCCAGCUAAGAGUAAAGCAGAGCUGAAAGCUGAGAGGAGAGCUCGGCAAGAAGCUGAGAGGGCGUCCAAACAGGGCAAGAAGGGAGACGUGGGAGGACAGCCGGCCGCAACGGGGAAACCUAAAGCACCGCCUAGUGAGCUGCAGCCAGUGGUGAAGAGGCUCCCAGAACAUGUUCAAGUGGACAACCCGGACGUUUUAAAGAAACUGGCAAAGAAAUUGGAAAGACAACAGAUCCCACUUCGGUCGGACUAUGGCUACAAAGUCAGCCUGUUUUCUCAUCUCCACCAGUACAGUCGCAAAGCCCCUCUAACACAGCAACUCAGCAUUCCCUCCUCAGUGAUUCAUCCUGCUAUUGUUCGCCUGGGUCUCCAGUAUUCACAGGGCAUUGUGGCGGGUUCCAACGCUCGCUCUGUCGCCCUGCUGCAUGCCUUCAAACAGGUAAUAAGGGACUAUACUACGCCUCCCAAUGAGGAGCUAUCUAGAGACUUGGUCAACAAGCUGAAACCUUAUAUCAGUUUUUUGAAUCAAUGUCGCCCUCUGUCAGCCAGCAUGGGUAAUGCAAUCAAAUACAUCAAGAAGGAGAUCUCCAAUAUUCCCAGUCAAUGCAAAGAAGAAGAGGCAAAGAGCAAACUGCUGACGUGCAUCGAGUGCUACAUUAAUGAGAAGAUCAUCCUUGCUGCUAAAGCUAUUGCCAAGUACUCCAUAGAAAAGAUCAGUGAUGGAGAUGUCAUCCUAGUUUAUGGAUGCUCGUCACUGGUCAAUCACAUCCUUUGCGAGGCCUUUGAGAAGGACAGGAAGUUCCGUGUGAUCGUGGUGGACAGCAGGCCUCGACUGGAGGGCCGGGAGGCCCUGAGGCGCCUUGUCCAGAGAGGCAUCAGCUGCACCUACGUCCUUAUCUCAGCUGUCUCCUACAUUCUUCCAGAGGUAUCGAAGGUGUUCCUUGGUGCUCACGCUCUGCUGGCCAACGGUUACGUCAUGUCUCGCGUGGGGACGUCACAGAUAGCUCUUGUGGCCAAAGCCUUUAAUGUGCCUGUGCUGGUGUGUUGUGAGACCUACAAGUUUUGUGAGAGGGUGCAGACAGAUUCUUUCGUGUCCAAUGAACUAGAUGACCCUGAUGACCUCAUCGUGACCCGUAAAGGGAAGACCCAGCUAGAGCACUGGCAGGACGUGCCCUCACUCGGCCUGCUCAACCUGGUGUAUGACGUGACGCCGCCUGAUUUCGUAGACUUAGUCAUCACAGAUCUGGGAAUGAUCCCAUGCACCUCAGUCCCUGUGGUGCUGCGAGUCAAAAACGUGGACCAGUGAAUGACCUCCUGCUCACACCAGUCUGAGCUCAGAGGUGGUUUCUCUGUGUUUUUGAGGGGGAAGUAUGUGAGCUUGAAUGCUUGCACACAACACAAAAUAUCGUGCUUUUAGCAUGCAAUAAAUAUAUAUCUGAAAUGGCAUACGCUUUUUAAA